AGACAACAGAUAUAAGUUGCGAUGGGAGAGGAGCGUCGGAUUUGGUGUGUAUUCCCCAUUUCCAAUUAUAGAUGGAUCAUUACAGACAGCGGAGUCCUGAGAAGCCAGACAUCUGCUCCUCACAUGAAUGCACUCACCUCCUAGAGACCAGGCUGCCAUCAUGCUCUGGAAGCUCGUGGAGAAUGUCAAGUACGAAGAUAUCUAUGAGAUGUUAGUCCACACCUAUUCAUCCAUGGACCGGCACGAUGGCGUCCCGAGUCACAGCUCGAGGCUCUCUCAGCUGGGCUCCGUGUCCCAAGGACCCUACUCCAGCGCCCCGCCACUGUCCCACACCCCGUCAUCGGACUUCCAGCCCCCCUACUUCCCGCCCCCCUACCAGCCGCUCCCCUACCACCAGAGCCAAGACCCCUACUCACAUGUCAACGACCCCUACUCCCUGAAUCCACUGCAUCAACCCCAGCAGCACCCCUGGGGACAACGGCAGCGGCAAGAAGUGGGCUCGGAAGCCGGCUCUCUGCUGCCCCAGCCUCGGGCAGCCUUGCCUCAGCUCUCAGGCCUCGACCCCAGGAGGGACUACCACUCGGUCCGCCGGCCGGACGUGCUGCUACAUUCGGCGCACCACGGCCUGGACGCAGGCAUGGGCGACAGCCUCUCCUUGCACAGCCUCGGCCACCCUGGCAUGGAAGACGUCCAGUCAGUUGAAGAUGCCAAUAACAGCGGCAUGAAUCUAUUGGACCAGUCUGUCAUUAAAAAAGUUCCUGUUCCACCCAAAUCUGUGACUUCUCUAAUGAUGAAUAAAGAUGGCUUCUUGGGAGGCAUGUCGGUCAAUACCGGCGAGGUAUUUUGCUCAGUCCCGGGCCGUUUGUCUCUGCUCAGUUCAACCUCAAAGUAUAAAGUAACUGUGGGAGAAGUUCAGAGAAGGCUUUCGCCCCCGGAAUGCCUCAAUGCAUCUCUCCUUGGCGGCGUCCUCAGAAGAGCCAAAUCGAAAAAUGGGGGGAGAUCUUUGCGAGAAAGGCUAGAAAAAAUCGGUUUGAAUUUACCCGCGGGCAGGCGCAAAGCAGCGAAUGUCACGUUACUCACCUCCCUGGUGGAAGGAGAAGCUGUCCACCUAGCUCGCGAUUUUGGGUACAUUUGUGAAACAGAGUUUCCGGCUAAAGCUGUCUCUGAAUAUUUGAACAGACAGCACACGGAUCCCAGUGACCUGCACUCCCGAAAGAAUAUGUUGCUGGCAACCAAGCAACUUUGUAAAGAAUUUACGGAUCUGCUGGCUCAGGACCGGACACCGAUCGGGAACAGCCGGCCCAGUCCCAUCCUGGAGCCGGGGAUCCAGAGCUGCCUCACGCAUUUCAGCCUCAUCACGCACGGCUUCGGCGCCCCGGCCAUUUGCGCAGCGCUCACGGCCCUGCAGAACUAUCUCACCGAGGCGCUCAAAGGCAUGGACAAGAUGUUCUUGAACAACACCACCACUAACAGGCACACGUCUGGGGAAGGCCCAGGUAGUAAAACUGGCGACAAGGAGGAGAAACACAGGAAAUGAAAAAAAAAAGUUUAAAAAAGAAGGAAACAUGUUUUAAAUACAAAAGGAAAACAGAAAAAUUAAUUUUAGCUUUAAAAUAUUGGAUUGGCUCUGGAAGAAUUAUAUUAGGUAGAAUAUACUUACAAUCAAAAUUUUAAAAAAAGAAAGCUAAAUAACAUUUUUUAAAAAAAAAUCCUGAGGCAUACAGCGGAGCAACAAUAUCGGUUCUCAGUGUCUAUUUCAAGAUACACUUGGAGACAACCGUCCGGAUUUUCCACUUCGGUUCUUUCGAGCUUAGUAAUACUGAUAAUAAAAGAAAACAAUGAUUCCCCAUUUGGAAAACAAACCUAAGACUAAACAUGAGAAAACGCUAACUUAUUGGAAGAAAAUCGGAGAAACGUUGGUGUCAGAGCUUUGAGAGCUGGUUGACUGAGACGCAUGAACUUUUUAAUUUUUAAUGUUUUUUUAGGAAACUUUGGUAGUCCCCAUUCUCCAUUUCACCUGGCCCCUCUCCCACCCACCCUUUUCUAUGUAGCCCUCCUUCCUGAUACUGUUGUGGGGUCCUGUGGGAUGCAAAUGAGUAUAGCCCUUUUGCGUGGUUUCCGUCCCUGUGCUCCCUGGCCCAGCCUGUGUUACUAACUCACCAUGCCCUGUUCCCCCGAGGUUUGUGAAGUAGGGAGGGGCUGGGGGCGGGGGGCUGCAGCUUUGGGAGACGUGGCCGGGCAGAGGCUCCCAUGGCUGUGGAAAAUCAGGACCAAUAAGCUGAUUCAGACUCAUCAUCCAUUCCUUUCAGAAAUAUUACUAGUUCCCAGCCUUCCCAGCAUCUGCAUACCGAGAAUCUUGCAUUUGUUAUAUUUGUGUCAUCUACCAAUUUUAAGAACUAUAGUAAAACAAACAAACAAGCCAAAACAGUAUGAAUACGUUGAUUAGUAUGUAAUCCCUUCGGAGGGGUAUGUACCAUUUCAUUCUCUUCUGUUUUCCAAAGCUCUGCCCGCAUGGUUUAUGAGCUUCUUCAAAGAGGACUUGGGCUUUCUACACAAUCUAUAAGGUACUGAGAAAAAAAAUUCCAAUCCUUUUUAAUCAAAGCUUGUGUGUCAGAAUUCUGCAGGUGCACUUCUUUAAAGAAGCUCAAAGGGAAUAAAUAGAAAGUGGCCAGUAUGGUGGAAGCAGCUUUGAGUCUCCUUGCUAACAUACUCAACACCAGAAUUCCAGCGGGGGUAGAGCUGUGAAAAGCAAAUUUUAGGGGAAAAGUGUAGGGGUUCUUGGAACCCUGUAUUCUAACAGUAUUGCCCUUACUUAAAAUAGACUUAAUUUCCCCAGGCUCUUCGGCGAUUGCUGUUUUAAUGAGAGGGGGGAAAACGCAGCUUUUCUAGUGAGGUGGGGAAGAAAGUGACACAAACUCUCAUGUUUCUGCAACAAUUGCUUUCUUACAAGAUGCUUUAUGAGUAAGGCACUUUCCCCGCCCAGAGGUGCACUUGUUUUGGCAUAUAAUGGUAAAAUAAUGCAUAGUGAAAGGCAAUGUAGUUCAGCUUUGAAUUUUGCCACUGGGACUAUUCCCGGUGGAUAAAGUUUCAUGCAUCUAAUAUUUCCCACUCUGGCAGCCCAGAUCCUUUCUGGGGCUCCAUCUUAGUGUUAUCAUCAAAUAAAAUCUGGAUUCCAUUAUCAGAGGUUCCCAAGAGCAGUGAGAAAUUCCCUGGGGUCGCGGUGGGUGAGACAGGUCUCUAAAUUUAGUGUAGAUACAAGCACCUCUUUUAAACAAGGUGUGCAGGACCUCUGCAACAUCCCUUGAUGACAAUCCAGAUGUUGUUCUGGAGGAUUUAUCGACAGAACAAAUUUAUAUCACCUGUGCCCUCAUUUUUUUCACAAACCCCUCCCGCCCCCUGCCUUGGGUGAAGGUGAGGGUUGGGCUUUAGGAACCUGCUGAGAGCUAUGCUGGGGAAGGGGCUGGGGGUAAUUAGAGAGCUGGUUUCAGGUGACUAGGAGGUCCGAAAAGAAAAGACUGCAGUUCCUCUUCUCUUAGCUCCUCCUCAAGCCUGUGGGUGUGCAGGGAGCAGCUCUAGACGUGUUCGGAGGAAUGCAAAGGCCAGGAACAAGGCAUUAUGGAAAGUGUAGCCACUCGUCUCUCCCCAGUUGAGAAGCCUGCAGCUUUGUCCGAGGGCCUGGACGCUUGCGUUAGAUGUGUUCGGAUUGCCCAGGGCCCGGAGAAACCACACUGAAAACCGUCGUCUCCUUUCCUUGCAGGGCAACGCGCCCCACGCGUGUGACCUGCGAGAGACGCGAUGGACGCGCCUCGCUCUUACUGUGCAGGUCCUGAGAUCGGUGGGCCGCUCGCGCCCAGUCGUGUUGAGGACAUAGAAUCAGCCACUGCAGGGGCCGCCGGCCGCACCGGCCCUUCGCGCUCUCGGUCUCACCCUAAGGGCUAAGGCGACCGAGAAUGCCCCGCGCUCCAGUAGGUAAAGGGGCGGCGCCCCGCGGACUGCAGGCGGGGAGGGGUCCCAGGGCUGUGUACGCCCUUUGCCACCCGCGGUCACUCCGGGAGCCCGCUCUCGGACGAAGAGUGGCCUAGAAAUGUCCAAGGAAUCAGAAGCUUUCCCCUUCUCUCAGUCAGGACGGAAAUUCUCUCCACGCUCACGCUCCUUAGGAGGGAGACUGAACGAGAAUGGUAUCACUUAGGGGUAUCACUUGUCCUUGCAGGCUCCCUCUUCCCUCGCCCUCCUCGGUGCAUUAAUCUAGACCGGGUCGGGUGUGCCCCCGCCCUCCCCGCAGCCCGCCGCGUGCAGUGGCCCUCGGUCCCCUCCUUCCCUCUUUUCAAGUAGGAUCCCCGCCCUCACCCUGUUGGUUUCACGUCAGCUAGGGCCACUACGUUUAUCUGAUAAUUGAGUUAUUAAAGGAUUUGGUUUCCUUGGGCUAAUAAAUCAAUAAACAGGAUUAACGCAGGAGUUGCCUUUUAAAUCAAGGAAAAUGUUUAAGGCGAGACCCUUUGAGCUUUGUUUUCAAACCAAACAGGUGAGCUGCAGCUCUUUCCCCAGCCCUGUAUUCUAGACUUUUUAGCCCUGCCCGCUGCCCCCUCUGAAAUGCUGUGUCCCAAACCAAAAUAAGACCUGAGGACCGGAGGCAGGAGUCAGGAUGUGGCAGCGCCACUCUCGAGCUUGGCGCUUUGCAGGUUCCGCUAGAGGUUCCAGACGUCUCCGGGCCAUUGUCUGUCCAGUUCUGCGUCCUGCUGCAGGGGUGAGGUCUCAGGGGAAGAGCAGGGGUCUGUCCUAGGUGGGCAUUCUAUCUGGAAGGGAUCUUUAACUUCUCCCCCAAGCAGGAACUAAUUUUCUCUCCUCCCCUCCUCCGAAUCAUUCUGCAUUUUCUUUCCUUCUUUCUGGCCUCCACAUCCUUAGCUUUCUCUACCCUCAUCUGAAGACCUAAAGAGGCUUUCAAGGACUUGACUUUGGUUUUCUUUGGCCAAGGAAACCACUCUUUCUCAAGCAAUUAUUUCAUAUCCUAUGAAAACUUUGGUCCAAUGGAAAACCUGAAACUGAAUUUAUGUACACAGUGCUCCUCCAGUACAAUGCGUUCCUAGUUAGAGUGUUCAUAGAGAAUUUGCCAUCACAUCUGAUAUUCUGUACUUGCAAUACAUUAUGUGGAAAGGAAAUGAUAACCUUAAACCAUCUGAUGUUGCCUCAACAGCCCAAAAGUGUUUUCCCUCCUUUGCAGAUGUAUAUUAAAUUAUUGGCAUAAAAAGAAACAUUGAAAUUAGUAUUUUUUUUAAUGGAAUGAACACCAUCCUUCUUAAAAUUCCAAAAUCUACUCCUUUUGGGUUGGUCUCUAACUCACUAACAUUGCUUUUGCCACACAAUCGAGAAAUAUCAAUCUAUUGGCUCUUCAUGAGAAGAGCUCUGGAGGCUAUCCAUGUUAAGUUUGUAUAUAUUUAUUUAUGCUUAAUUUAAUGGGAAUGUGUAAAUAUGGCGAGCAAGUAGUUUGGGAUUAUUUAUCUGUGAAUCUAUGCUUCUGUGAAUGGGUGGUUAAAAAUAAAACCGCUUGACCCUAGGUAGAAUCCUAUCUGAAUUUUUCUGUUCUUUAUAGACAAACUGUUAUGGUAUUGGAUAGAAAUUGGUUUAUUGUCCAGUGUUGAUCUGAUUUACAUAAAUAAAAAGAUUGUUGUGUUUUU